UGCUUUCCGCUUUCGGGCGCGGAGGGAGAAAAAGCGCGAGAUAUUUAAGAGUUUCGGUUCAGGAGCAGCGCAGGCUGGACAGCGACCACGCAGCAGCAGCAGCAGCAGCAUCUUCCUUUAUCUCGUGUCUGCGGAAAUACGCCCGAACCGAACCGAACCGAACCGACCCUGACGACACUAGACCCUCCAAAAACUGCUGGAUCUUACGCCCCGGAAUUCAUCUCAUACGCGCGCGAGUUUAAGGUUUCAUUAUCCAUACUGUUAACUCAGUCCUGCAGAGUAUGAUGGAACUGAAGGAUGACCGGCGGUUCCAUAAUCUAACACAGGAACAAGUGGAGACUCUAGAUCAGGUUCUCACAGAGGUCAUUCCCAUUCAUGGCAGGGGCAACUUUCCCACCUUGAAGAUUAAGCCCAAGGACAUCAUUCAUGUCGUCAGAGAUAGACUGGUUUCUAAGAAUAUCAAGGUGAGGGACGUCCGUCUCAAUGGCUCCACCGCAAGUCAUGUCCUAGUCAAGGAAAAUGGCACUAGUUAUAAAGACUUAGACAUUAUCUUUGGUGUGGAGCUUCCUAAACAGGAAGACUUUCAGAUCAUAAAAGAAGUAGUUCUGGGGUGCCUCCUGGACUUUUUGCCACAAGGAGUUAACAAGGACAAAAUCACAGCUCUUACUAUGAAGGAGGCUUACGUACAGAAAAUGGUCAAAGUCUUUACCGAGUAUGACCGAUGGAGCCUCAUCUCACUCUCCAACAACAGUGGUAAGAAUGUGGAACUCAAGUUUGUCAGCUCUCUGCGUCGGCAGUUUGAAUUCAGCGUCGAUUCCUUUCAGAUCAUCUUGGAUACUAUGUUGGAGUCCUACCUUGAGGCUGAGAGACGGGAGGCUGCACAACUCAAGGAGAAAGAACAGGAGGCUUCUAUUCCUUCUGUCACAGUAGUGGCAGAAAGCAUGUAUGGAGAUUUUGAGCAAGCCAUGGACCACCUGCGUUACAGGCUAAUCGCAACACGCAAUCCAGAGGAGAUCCGGGGUGGUGGCUUGCUCAAGUACAGCAACCUACUGGUUAGAGAUUUCAAACCUGCCAGCGAGACCGAAAUUAAAACUCUAGAGCGUUAUAUGUGUUCGCGGUUCUUUAUUGACUUUCCAGAUGUUAAUGAGCAACAAAGGAAGAUUGAGUCCUAUCUACGAAACCACUUCAUUGGAGAGGAGAAAAGCAAGUACGACUACUUAAUGACACUACGACGGGUGGUCAAUGAGAGCACUGUGUGCCUGAUGGGCCACGAGCGUCGACAGACACUCAAUAUGAUUACCAUCCUGGCUCUCAAAGUCCUGGGAGAGCAGAACAUCAUUCCCAACACCAACAACGUCACCUGCUUUUACCAGCCUGCUCCAUAUAUGGCUGACCACAACUUCAGCAACUACUACAUUGCCAAUGGCCAGUCCCCAAUUAUAUAUCAUCCAUAUCCUCUACAUAUACACAUGCAAACUGGGCUGGUUUAGCAGUGGGCAUGAUGUAUACAUGGGAAGCUGUGCAGAAAUAUAACCUCCUGCAACCUAAAAUGGCCACCACAAAUAAAAUCCU